GUAUCAAAGCAGAAAGCUUUUCGAAGUAGCUUUAUUGUGAAAUUGAAAACAGUAAACAAAAGCAAAACUUGAUUGCGUGCCUAUUGAAAUUGAUAGUGAGGGAGAAAAGUUUGUUACUUAAGCAGAAUCAAAUCCUCUGCUAGGAUCACUUCUACCAGUAAAGCCUAAGGACAAACAUGGCAGCUAAAAUAAAAGACACAGAUUCAGCCAACGAAGAAUUUGAUAAACAUUUGAGGUAUUUUUUGCGUAUGAAACACAAGGAAGAUCCACCAAAAUGUAAUAUAUAUGUGGUCGAAUUUUUCGGCGUUUUGAGCCUAACCGAUUUACGCGCGCCGGAACGAAAGCUGUGGUACAUUUAUUAUUGUAAGCAGUCUGAUAUAGACCAGACUGUGGAUCAGAUUCACCAGAAAUAUGGCAAAAAGAAUAUGUAUGACCUAUUCCGGAAGCCGGUAUUCAGUGGAGCUGGCUUGCGCGCCAGUGUCAAGAAGCACUUUUCGGAAUUAAAGUGGUUUACCAAAGGAAAUUUACUUGAGGCGCCACCAAAGAGUCAUUUUAACGACGAGCGCGUCUGUAAAACCAUAACGGAUCUAUACAACAUUGAGCAGCAAAGACUUUAUAACUAUGUAAUGGUGAAAAAUCAGUGGUACUGGAGGUGCAGCCAUUAGGUUCGGUCUUGUGUAGUAAAACUCUGUGAUUUUAGAUAUAUAGAUUCAUGGCAUAUAUCUAUCUAAUAAAUACCAUGUACAGCUGCUGGUGGCGCGGCGUCUCCAUAGAUCCAUAUAUAAAGAUUAUGUGUGUUGGACAAUGACCCCCAUUAUCCAAGUGAACAUCUCCAAGGGUCGAGUGAGCAGUGGGACCACGAGCAUACCCCUGCCAGACACCCCUCCCAACCAGCUCGAUCGCUCUCCAGUUUCCUCAAGAAGUACGGAAAUGGAGGAUGUCAUAUUAAUCUGGAGGUGAUCUUCACACUGAAGGAGAUUUCCUUUGGCGUGUACUCCCGUGUAAAUUUAACCCCCAGACAGACCAAACAAAGAUCCAGCUACUGCCAAAGGCGCUACUGACCGGCAACGAUCUGAUCUACAAUUAAUGAAGCCCAUCCUUUUCGAUGUGAUAUCCCAAGCUGAAUUAAAGAAAAACACCAGUUCACUGCCAAGCGCAUCAAACUCUUGCAUUUAACGUUGGCGGAGAUUGUAUGGCCUAAGACCGGAAUUCGUUUUGCCGUUUCGACGGACGCUUGACCUGUACCACCUUACUGGGAACAGGAACUCUAUGAAAUUGAUUGGAUAGAACAGCGCUUAAGUGUAUUGAUUAAAAAGAUAAAGGUAUUCUAAGUUAAUCUAAAACGUUUUUGAUUAAGAAGAAUUACUCAUAAGUGCAUCGUUGAGCGCAAGAAUAGAAUUACAUAUGAUAUGUAGCUCCACAAA